AUGAAGAAAUCAGGGGGCGGCGGCGGAGCUGCCGGCGAUAAAAAGAAGGGCCGCCGCGCCGACUCCGUCACCGAUACUGCUCCUAAGAAGCAAGCUGCGAAAAGAGAUGUCUUCCAAAUAUUUGCUGAGAGAGUUAGGAAUCAUAAGGAUCUAGAAUCUAGGUGGGCUGUCUUACAGGAGACGAGAGUUGAAUAUUUUAGAGGAAAAGAUCUUGUCAGUUUUUUGAAAAAUCAUCCAGAACUGAAGGAUCUGCUUGAACAAGAUAAGAACUUAGAAACUGAUGAUAUUGCCAAUAUUCUGCUGAGAAAGAGUCUAAUAGUGCGGUGUGACCGUGUUGUCAAAACUGUUCGGCCUGGGAAGAGAAAGUUGUCUACAUGGCCUGCGCAUUUGGAGAUAUUUGCAGAUCAAGCGUUCUCUGAUAAUGAUGCGUUUUUCGCGUGGACUUUUGUGAACCGAAGGCCAUUAUGGCAGACUCUCCUCUCAUUUUUCUGGCCCGUUUUGACUCUGGCAAUCUGCUUGUUUCCUGUGUAUCCUCACCAAGUGAAGCUUUUUAUACUCUACUUCUGUGCUGGCGUGUUGCUUCUCAUUCUCUGCCUCCUUCUAGUGAGGGCCCUUGUGUUUGGAGUUCUGUGGAUCGUUCUUGGGAGACGGGUAUGGUUUUUCCCGAACAUACUUGCAGAAGAGGCCACACUGAAAGAGUUAUUCCAGUUUUGGCCACAGAAGGAUGAGGGCGGGCGACCCAAGUGGACAUCCCGGUUGGUUUACGCAUUGGUGGCUGUGUUGGUCAUCAUACUUUUGAGGCACCAUGCUCCUGAUGAAGCUGCUAGAGCCAGGUACCAGAAGAGGGUAUCCAAUAUAAUCGACGAUGUUCUUGAGUGGUCCCCAAGGCUUGCUCUGUCGGGUAUGAUGGAGAAGCAGAAUGUGGGUAACGUGACGGAUCCAAAGAACGUCACAGAUAGUGGAGCUGAAAAUACGGCCGAAGAAGAGAUGAGAAAUGCAGGGGACACAGAUCACAAUCAUCAUCACUGA